AAUAGAGGCUAAAGAACUGGGCUUACGUUUAGCUGUGAAGGUGUUACUGUAAUUUCGGGCCUGCUGCUAUCUGUAAGUAGAAGCUGAGGUUUGGGAUGUUGCUUUAUUUUAAGCCUGACAGAGCUUUGAAUUGAUAUGUUGAAGAGCUGCAGUUGUAUUCACUUGUGAUGGGAUUUCUUGGGCGUGUACUGUAGAGUGCUUUAGAUUUGAUUAGGACAUAUGUAGGGACAAAGGCAUGUUCUGGGUUUUGGCAUUUUUAUUUUAGUGGUCUAAUAUCUCUAAUGACGAAAAGUGAGGAAGAUACAGAUAUAUAUUAUUUUAUUCAAACACUCUGAAAUAUGCUGACAAGAAGGUGUGUUCUAAAGUUAAACUAUGUGCAUUAAGUCAAAAGGCAAAAAGCUUUCAUAGUUUAAUGUAGGUUUGCAUGUCAGGAAUAACUGUGCAAAUGUGUGUAAAUAGAAAACUGAACCCAUGACCUCCUCUGUGCCAAUAAUCUCAAACACUGCCUCGAUUGUUGUAGCAGGUGCUGGUAGCCGUGCCGAAAAAGAGGAAAACAACCAAAACAAAACAAAACUGAAGCAUCUGAAUAGCUACAACAUGCCCAAACUCCUGAUUGAUUACAUUCUUAUAUUCUCUCCUGACCCAUGUGUAUGGCGGGCACUGAUAAUUUUCCUGCAUGCCCGCUUCACACAUGCACAGGCCUGCCAUUGUCGAGGCUGGCCUUGGUGACUGAAGCACCAUUACUCCUCAAAUCUAAUCAGAUUUCCUUAAGUGGAUAACAAGCGUGUCUCCGGCAUUUACAGUAGUGAGAAAGCUGAAGUGAAACCAGGACAAUCCGCUGUCACACAAAGCAGAUGUGGUGUGCAGCGGUCCUGGCAUCCCUCCUGCUAUCCAAAGUGGAAAAAAAUGUUGAUUGGCUAACAACUGGCAUCUUGUUUAGCCUGGAGAACUCAGAUAACAACUCUUAGUCACUACUGACAAGAUGAGUAUUGUGAUGAGCCUGGUCUUAGUUAGGUGGCUGAGUUGUGAAUAAGGUCAGCUAGUCUAGCUGACAAGGGGGAAUUUAAUGCUGACUUUUAGCAUAAAGACCAAUUCUAAAGCUGUCAAAGCUAAAAACUCCCUACAGUUCAGCAGCUUUGUGCCAGACAGCAUUUGAAGAAUAAGAAGUUUGGUCUGAAAGCAUGACGAUAUAAAGGAUAGCUGCAUAACAAAUCAGUUCUGACUAUUUUUUUUUCCUGAGGCAGCGUAAAAGAAGAAGUAACACUUGGACUGUUCUAACCAACAGCUGAUGAUACUUUUUUUUGGCAUUUUAAAUAAGCUAGCUGCUUUCCUCAUCUCGACAUAAACGACACCUGUCGCCUGUUUUUAAGGCUGAGUACUGUGAUCUAAAUGUGUUACCAUGAAAUUAGGAACACAUUAAAUAUCGGCAUUUUCAAAUCAUGUUCGAGUAAUACUGGUCUGGCCAAUCGAAGCUUCUUGAGCUUGUUGUUGCUCAGUUUUUGGUGGGUCCUGAUUCCGUCAGUCCCUGAAAGAGCAUCUAUUCCAUGGUUUAAAAUAACUGAGAGCUUGCUGUUUUGACCAGUAAAUAAAACAGAUUUGGGAGGAAGUACGCGAGACACAGGCAAACUGACCAACCUAUUACAGUCAACAAGACUACCAUUCUUAAAUCAUAGCACUUCAUGUACUCCCCUAAAUACUCUGCAGCCCCUAAACUAAUAAAGCAAGUCACGACAGCAACCGUCUUUGUGAGCACCAACAAGCAUGAAAAUUUGAUAUUUUAGGAGGGAUGUUCUUUCCUAAAUUUGCCCUCAACUUACACCAAAGGAUACUUCAAAAUAGAUUUACUGCAGUUAUUGUAUGGGGAACGCAUAAUACUAAACUAUUUACUUUAAAAGCCUUGAAUGAAUUGAAAGGCUUGGUUAAAAAUGGCAUUGGAGGAGUUAUUUAAAAACUUCACUGGGGAACAAGGGUCAAUUGUGCUGCCACAACCCCUACAGAGGGUUGCAGAGGACUUUGGGAGAUCACCACUGAUUGGUCAACCAGAAAGAAAAGGGCGGUCUGAGGGAGUUAGUGAUAGAUGCUAAAGGCAGAUACCCUGCAGUGAUCAAACCUUGGAUGAUCUAACAGUCCAGUGUUUGAAGUGAUUAUCAUUGCUACGCAACAUAAAGGCUUACACCCAGCUUUGGGCCUAAUUAGUUCACUUAGGGCCCUUUAUAAAGAGCUGGUAGGGAGACUGGAAGGGACAGACACUCACUGAGAAGUCACCAGAUCAACAGGAUAGCAGCAGCAGCAGCAGCAGCCGUGGAUCCCUAAAGUUGACCUGCUGCCACACCAGAACAAAUCAAUUUGAAGAUUAUCUGCUUUUCUGAGAAUGCCACACUUAAGUGACUGCAGUUACUACACAAUGCGGGAUGCAACCAGAGCUUCAAAUGUACAGAGCCACCUGGAGAACUCCAAGUUCCAUCUCCACCAGAGCCAGAAUCAGCCCGUGAAGCAGUACCUGACGCUGGGCUCCAAGCUGGCCUCCUCGGCCGCAUCAGGCCACGCCGUGACACAUCCGCACACCCCUGGCCAGGCACUCGCCACCGUGCCGAUCAUGAGGAACGGACACAUGCCCCCUGUCAGUGACAGCAGUAACCCCAACAGCCCUGUUACCCUGCUUACGAUGGCCAAUCAUGACAGUGAGUUUCCAAUGGAUGAAGUUAUUGAUGACCUAAUUAGUCUUGAAUCCGGUUUCAAUGAUGGAGGCUUGGAUUGCAUGGAGCCUAACAUCAUAAUGCAAAACAAUGUGUCUCUCAGCAGCAGCAUGUUGGACGUCUAUGGGGGUGAACAAGGUAUGAACGCCCCUAAUGGUGGACUGAGUCCUACAUCUAACCCUACAAAGCUCACUGUAAAAAGGGAAUACACAGAACACGACACAAGGGUGAUGGCCAAAGAGAGGCAGAAAAAAGACAACCAUAAUUUGAUUGAAAGAAGGCGACGAUACAACAUUAACUACAGGAUUAAGGAGCUUGGAACACUCAUACCAAAGUCGAAUGAUCCCGACAUGCGGUGGAACAAAGGCACCAUCCUCAAGGCCUCGGUGGAGUACAUAAGAUGGCUGCAGAAGGAGCAGCAGCACGCCCGGGAGCUGGAAAGCCGUCAGAAGAAGCUGGAGCAAGCCAAUAGGAGGCUGCUCCUGAGGAUCCAGGAGCUUGAGAUUCAAGCACGAGCUCACGGGCUACCAAACAUGGCCACAGCCUUGGGGACGGUCGAACUUUCCUCCCACCUACUCAAACAACAACAACAACAACAGCAGCAGCAGCAGCAGCAAUCAUCUCCCCAGGCCCAGCAACCUCAGCAGCCAACUCUCUACCAAGAGGACAUCAACAACGACUACCUCCAGAGGAUAGCUGCGGCAUCUGGCGUGCCAUCCACCGCCACCGUCAGCGGGCCGCAGGAUCACAUUAGUGGCACUGACGCCUGCACCACCUUCUCCGACCCGCUGUCCCAUUUCACAGACUUCUUCACCACCACGCUUAAGGAGGAACACCAGCUGGAUGAGAUCCUGAUGGAUGACCCACUGUCGCCGUUUGGCACCGAUCCGCUCCUCUCGGCCGGCUCCCCCGGAGCUGCAUCCAAGGAUAGCAGCCGCAGGAGCAGCUUCAGCUCUGCCGAGGGUGAUGACCUAUAAGGGUGCCCUCAGUCUCGUUAUCACCUAUAAUCCCUGUCGGUAAAGGGCAUCCACGUGGCCUUUAAAUGACUGAGUGAUGGCUCCGAGCAUACAUUUAAGACUCCUACUAGGGUUGCAAGUAAUUUAAACGACAGCUGACAGCACUCCUUUAAAGUGCCACCUGUGCAUUAAGCGUGUAGUUCUUGUCGAUCAGUUGAGUGUUGAAGCUACAGAACACUGACGUUCGCCAAAGCUGAGCGGGAACAGAAACAUCCUGUGAGCACACCACGGACCGGCUGCUCUUUUUAACUUUACUACAGACAGUUUCAACUAUUCUCUGCCUCCCAGACACAGCUGAAAAAGACUUAUAAGAAAAAGGGAGACAAUUAUAAGUACAUAAUGUUAAUGACUACUGUUUUUUAAACACACUGUGGUGGCCACACACUGUAACAUAUGCAAAAUAACCACUAAAAACAUACCAAAGGUGUUUCCUUUCAUGAAAGCAUUAAUUCUUUACAAAAGAUCAUGUUAAUACGUUGCAGAUGGUUGCAUUAUUUGAUGUGCCUUAUUUGACCAGUACUGAUGUACUCACCCCAAUGCCUAACACGUCCUCAUCAGUGUCUUUGAAAUGUUUUUGUUUGAAAUGUUGGUGUAUUUAUAUGUUU